AUGGCAGAACAAUUACUAACUUGGCUUAACGGCCGCAUUAACCUUCGGGAUGCCUACGAGUUCGACUAUGACACGAUUUCCGUGUUCCUUGGGGACGUCGUGCUUAAUUCCACCCUAUAUGGGGUCCCACCUGAGAAUGCCGCGAUGCUAGUUUUGAUACACCAGGACUUGACCCGUCUGAGACACCCUGACGGCAUAAGCUCGAGUCUCCAGCUCGUUAAGACGGAGUACAACGGCAUCAACUACUGGGCAUUGCCCGACUUGCUGGGGCUCUUCCUCAGCAACCUGGGGCGUGCUCCGCAGGGGGCGACUAAGCGAAAUUUUUACCUACCGCUGACUGCCGUCUUCGGACGGUGGUGUGUUAAGCUUCUUAGUUCUAGAAAGAACAGCCCGAGAGUAUACCAAUGCACAUGGAACGGAGGCAGAGAGUUCGCGCUAGGCGCCUCUAGAGGAGGUUUUGCCGUAGGCCGGGACCUAGGAUCAUGGAGAGCGGUACUUGACAGGGCACGAUUUGGGAUCAUUAGAUCCCCCUUGCUCAAGCCGACCAAUUGGUCACAAGCCUGGUCCCCCACUAUUUGGACUUCGGGAAGAAAACGCGGUUGGCCGUUUGGCCGUUGUGCGGAGACGUAUCCUUUUCGCCAAAUUUUGAUGCCCUGCCAGAAUGGCCCAACGGCACAGGGAGUUUAUGGGUUGGCCUUGCAUAAUAAAUGGCUUCUUGAUAGCCCUGUGUACGACGACCGACUGUCUGGGCUAAUUUGGAAGAGUUUAUGGGACCCGUGCGCAAAUUGCCAAGUGCUUAUCGACAUACACGGGGGAAACAUGGCCAAUUUCGGCCGAUUGGCCGGGAGCCAGGGAGCCCCGGCGUGA